GAUGCUUUCGAACUAUAAUCUAUCGAUAGCACCGACUCAAUGUAAUUUAAAACAUUAAUGUCGUUAUUAAAAAUCAGUCCUCAAUUAUUAUGGACAUGUAACUGUUGGAUGUGAUGAAGAAGUUCACGAUAAGGGUAUUCUUUCUUCACUAACCAGUCUUAUUAAUGGAGAUCUUUAAUCAGCUAAAAUAUUGACGAAGCCUUCAAAUAUCAAUCAACCUGAUUUUAUAGUAGUUCUGAUGAUUAGAAUAAAUUGCCUACAUCGCCUUUUGAAGAAAAAUGAACCAUUUUUCAAUUUAUCAGUGUCACAAUUCAGAUAUUCAACAAUAUAUAAAUCUUUGCAUAUUCCUGUUAUGCAAUCAGAAAUCAUUGAGUAUACACAGCCUAAACCGGGCCAAGUAUAUUUAGAUAUGACUUUUGGUACUGGAGGUCAUGCAAAUGAAAUAUUAAAAUAUGCAUCAAAUAAUUUAACUUGUUACUUCUUAGACCGUGAUCCAACAAGUUUACGUUAUAUGCAACAACUUCAAACAGCACAUAGUUCAUCGAAUCAUCGAAUACAACCGUUAAUUGGACGAUUCAGUGAUCUUCCUGAACUACUAAAUAAAUUUGAUAUAAAAUAUCAUUCAAUUGAUUUAAUUCUUAUGGAUUUGGGUGUCAGCUCUCCCCAGUUGGAUAAUGAAUCACGUGGAUUUGCUUUUAGACAUGAUGCUCCAUUAGAUAUGCGUAUGAAUCAAAGUCAAUGUGUACAAAAAGAUACACCAACUGCAGCCGAAAUUGUUAAUACACUGAAUGCAGAAGAUCUGUCUAAAAUAUUCAGUAUUUAUGGUGAAGAACGCUACUCUAAUCGUAUAGCUGAUGUUAUAGUCGAUUAUAGAAAUGAUGUUGGCGCUAUCCAAACAACAAAACAGUUAGCGGAUUUAGUUCGAUCUGUUAUCCCAGGGAAAAGAGAAGAAAGUGGUUCGAUUCACCCUGCUACACGAGUAUUUCAAGCGUUACGUAUAUUUGUCAAUGAUGAAUUAAAUGAAUUAUGCAUUGGUUUACAGUUAGCUAAUAAUUUACUAAAGUCUGGUGGUUAUUUAGCUGUUAUAUCAUUUCAUUCAUUAGAAGAUCGUUUAGUUAAAUGGUUAUUUAAGUAUGAUUGUGAACAAUUAUCAGUGUCCAAGUAUUUGUCGUAUCGUAGUCGAAACAUUGAAGUGACGAAUCUUUCUAAAAGAUGCCAAUAUCAAGAGAAUGUGAACACUGAUGAAAAUGAAUCAUUUAAUACUGUAAAUAAAAUGGUGAAAUGGAGUUUUGUCAUCGGACCAUUAACUCCUUCAGACUCUGAAAUUGACUCCAAUCCACGAAGUCGUUCAGCAAAAUUACGAAUAGCCAGAAAAGCUUGAUCAAAAAAGAAAAAGAAGAGGACGGGAAAACCUAAGAAGUCAGAUUAUGUCAGAACAUCAUUGUAAAUAGUGUACAUAUAUUGUAUGCGACACGAAAUUUUCAUAUUUUGAAUCAUAGCUUUCAGAGUCAUGUCUUACUAAGCUCUUUUUACUUCGGCAAAAUUGGUCUUACAGAUUAUUCUGUUGUAUAAUUACUGCUAAUAUUAUUGGCAGUCGAAAAGAGAAAUGAAUAACCUGUAACCACACAUUCGAAACAGAUAUUUUUAUAUACUAACCAGUGAGUCACAUUUAAU